AGGGUAAAACAAACCUGUAUUUUCAAUAUAGACUAGAAAAUAAACGUAUCCGAUAUAAUCAAAAUCUGCUAGGUUUAGUUUUAUUAAAAUGUGUGUCAGCAACAUGGUUAUUUUAGAUUACAUUUUGUCUUUAACUUAUGGACUUGUCGCAAUUUAACAGUUAAGCUUGGUGGAUAUUUUUUUUAUUUAGCCAUAUUUUUGAUAGAUUGAGUAAUUAUUUUUUAAAUUUAUGAUUUACAUAAACCUUUCAAUACUCAAACUGUGCCUAAGAGCGAAUAAUUCCAGUGUAGCGAAUACGAUUUGAUGUGGUUGUUAAUAAUGUCACUUUAUAGACGCUUUAGACAACUACAGGAUAGGUGUUUAUAUAAUUGGUGUUUUAAAACUUAAAUGAUGAAAAGACACAAUAAUUGUUUUCAUUUAAAAGACACUCCUAAAUAUAAAGACAUUAAACAUACACGGAUAAAACGGACAGGUCUUUAAUUACGAAUUUCAGGAAAUAUCUAGAAAAGUCACGAUUUAAGGUUAACAAAUAGUACGGUGUAUAAGUUUAUUUAUAGUAGCUAACCACGCGUACGUGAGUCAUCAACACACUAUAAAAUACUUCUGUAUGCUCUAGAUACAGGAAAACAUUUAUACUGUUUACGUGUCGGAUACGUACAUUACGUUAAUAACAUAAGACUACCAAAAUGACUAUGAUGAAUGAAUAUGAAACACAGCAUGACACAUGCCAGGACAUAGAACCAAAUGUGAUCCAACAAAAUCGGUACCAGCCAGAUAUAGUUCAAAGUGCGAUGGAUCGUACAUUGAUAACUAAUGAUAUGCCAGGCUUUACUGAAUACGGUCGAUGUCUAAGGACAGAAACUAAUGGUCAUAGUGGAAAUGGCCUAAGAUUCUUAGAUAGCACAUCCCUGUUUUCAUGUCAAAACGGGAACAUGAAAGAUUAUGCAGAAAAUACUGAAAUGGCCACCCUGUGUGAACAGCUUGGAUCUGUGGAAAUGGAAGAUGUGCAACAGAAAGGAGAAAGUUUUAAUGACAUGAACAUCACUGAGAGAACACAACAUAACAUGGCAGAAAACUUUGAUUCGCCGACAAUAUAUACCCAAGACAAAGACGGCGAUACUCUUUUACACACGGCGAUAAUUUUGCGAGAGAUAGCAUUAGUAAUGUCAUUUAUUGCGAAAGCUCCGUCAAACACCUGGUUGUCUUUCAAAAAUCUGCUAUUUCAAACACCUCUACAUCUCUCAGUAUUGACUGAUCAACCGGAAAUUACUAGGAGGUUAGUCGUAGCUGGCGCGGAAGUAGAUGCAAGAGACAGAGAUGGUAACACUGCCUUGCAUAUCGCGUGUCGUCAGGGGCAACUGAGAAACGUACAAAACCUUCUUGAGCCUGUGAGAUACCAUGAAACUAAGCAAAAUAGAUAUGAAAUACCGUAUCAGACAAUACCUCAGAAUUUGUCCAUAAAAAACUAUGAUGGUGUACAUUGUCUCCAAUUAGCUGCAACGAAUGGACAUUUGGAUAUUGUGGAAGCGCUGCUUGACAAAGACGUUGAUGUGAAUAUGAAGGAGGGGAAAACAGGUAGAACUAUUCUCCACAAUGCUUGUCUCAGUGGCAACAUCAAUCUAGUUAAAUUGCUGCUACGUCACAGGGCUUGUAAUAUCAAUGCAAGAGCCUUCGAUGAGAGCACACCAUUUGACCUUGCGCGAGCUAGAGGUCAUGACCAAGUAUGUAUGGUUCUUGCUGCAGCAGGAGCAAGAUAUGGCGAAGAAUUUUCAGAUUCUGACUGAAUUUAGUUGUGUUCGUAUAUCUUUGUUACAUUAAAUAAACAUUUAUCAGUUACUGUUCAUAUGAUUCCGAGAAAAUACCCAUGAUUUGCUUUUAUCAUUGGAUUUUCUUAACUGUAAAAAUCAAUUACGUUUGUAAUUGAUUUAGACUGUUUAUACAUUAGAAUACUUUUACAUUUAAAUAAAUGUCAUUUUAAUGCAUUUUGGGAGAAAUGUUUUUGUACAUAAUAUUGAAUUAAUAUUGUGCAUGCAUGCACCAUUCAUAACUUUCUCAUAACAUUCUGUUUUAUAGUUGAGAUUGACUGAUUUUAAAACAUGUUGGAAAGUUUGCUGACAAACAUUUUAAAUCAGUUUUACAUCUUGAGAGAUGAGUACAUGCAUAGCAAGUUCACUGACCGAAUUGGCUUUCUUAGUUACGUAAUUAUUUGAGCAAUUUAACUAAUGUUUGCUUAUUUUUCUGACAUAUAUAUGUAUCUAGUCAUAUAAUUUAACACUGUUGUUGUAUAAACCAAAUACCUCAGAUGUAAAUGCAUAUCAGUUACCAUCCUUAAUGUUUUACUCAAAGUCAUUUUGUUAAUAUAAAAUGUUUGAAUGGCACAAUGCAAUAUUUUUAUAUGUGUGAAUAUAUUGUAUUUAUCUUUUAAGUUAAUUGUUUUAUAUAGAAUAUUUUUGAAUGAAUGUAAUGUUUACGAUUUUAUUAUUUUAGACACGUUGAAAGCAUAGUCCCUUCUUUUUAUACUUUUUAUAUAUAUAUUAGCUGAGUUCAUACCUCUAAUAUAAUACCAUGUGUUUUAUGACAUUUGUCGCCGACGUUUAACAUUCUAGUGAUUUCUUACAAGUAUAUAGUUCAGUUUAGUGUCAGAAUUACUGACCAGGUCUUGUUUUAAAACAUUAAAUGUCAUAUACAUGAAAAUUUACAUGCAAAAUGCAAACUCCUUCUUUGUGAAUAUUUUAAAUAAUGACGGUUGUGUAGUGCACGCUUAUAUAUAUAACAUAUGCAAAAUAUUUGUAUACAUGAACAUAUUUGAUGUGAUGUAGUAAUUUCUACCUGUAUUUGACAACAAUAGGACGGGCAAAUUUCCACACUUUACUCAGGAUUUAUUUAUUAUUACAUCUUUGCUGGCAUAAUAACAUUUGAAUGGGUCUUCCCAUAAAUCUACUCGUAAUUUACAUAAUAUCAUACCAUGACAGAACUAUUUUAAAGACACUGACCUCCAGAUCGUACGACAACAAAAAAGAUAACCGUUUUAGAUAUCAGAAAAAUUAUUGCUAUAUUUCUUAGGAUGUCUUUGAAACUUAGUUUCUAACAGAUUAUAAGUUAUGGAAACACAUAAGAGUUAGUUAUUUGCGCUAUUUUCUCUAUUUAAAAUUGAAAAACAUUUGGAACGGAGUACUUGAGGUAAACUGCCUUAUUUAUGAAGCUUUAUAUGCCGAUGUUCAUAAUAUGACCAAACUUCAAUUUUAAAGAAAGUUCAGUUUUAGCCAAAAUCUGGAGGUCAAUGCCUUUAGCGAAUUCUGGUGUCAAUAUUCUGAUCUCUUUUUAGUGCAAGUACAUGUUAACCCUUACCCUGCUAAAUUUCUAAAAUGGACUGAUCCAUCUUUCAAUUUGGACAGUAGUAUGUGCAGGCUGAUCAUGAUCUGCACCGGUCGCAAAGGCAGAAUCAAUCGUGUCCAGCAUGAUAAGGGUUAAUGGACUCAAAUUCUUUAAAACAAAUUCUUUAUUGCUUUUUACAUUUUAUGUUUUGUUUAUUUGUUUUGCUUUGUAUUUUAUAUGAAAUGACUUUUAAAACACAAUUAGUGUUUUUUUUUUCCUUUACAUCGGGUAUUU